AUGAAUGAGGAAUUGAAUUCUGGAUUAAUUGGAAUAAAAGAUGAUAUAUACUCACUUGGUGUUGUUUUAUGUGAGAUCAUGUCCGGGAUGUAUAGCCAGGAUACGAAAAAGUCCUUAGGAAACUUGGCUUUAAGGGCUGAUAGAAGAAGAAAUUUUGAUAGCAUGGUGUUUGAGGGUAUAAAGAAGCAAAUUGUGCCGCAAUCAUUGAUCACAUUUCAAAGGAUUGCCAUUAGAUGCUUGGAAGAUUCAUGGACAAAGAGGCCACCAGCGGGUGCAGUGGUAAUAGAAUUGAAGAAAGCAUUAGAAAUCCAAGAGGAUUAUGAAAUAUGGGGGCCAAAGCUACCUAAAGGCUAUGAAGAAAUAUUCCAGAUGUCAGAAAAGCCGGAUAUGUACUUCACGGAAAAGAAGAAAAAUCUUUAUGACAUACUCACAGAGGGCAUCCUUCUUCAAAACGGCACAGUGCUGUUUUCACUCGGAAGUAAUGGAGAAAGGAACAAAAUGAUAUCUGCAACAAAGUUUUCAUACAAAAAUCGUUGGUCACAUAAGUGGCGAUCUAUUUCAGGAUCUAGAUUUCAGAAAGUCGCGAAGAUGUUAGAUAUUUCAAAUAUGAAGAUCCAAAUCCGGACAAGGACUCAGUUUUUAUCUCCUGGAGUAAAUUACAGUGUCCAUCUAGUUUUCAAGUUUUGUCGUCCAAGAAAAUCUCAAGCAAAACGAAUGUAUGUGAACCUAAAGUACAAAAGAGGGAAGGAGAAUUUAAAUGCAUAUUUUGCAACAUGGAGAGAAGAUGAAUGGAUGAUGAUUGAAUUGUUUCGAUUUUUGAAUGACUCGGAAAGUACUGAUUUUGAGGUUCAGCUGGAAAGUUUUUCACGAUGCUAUUGUGGAAGUCGUGCUGUCUAUAUUCAAGGCAUUGAGUUUCAAGAAGUUAAUGAUGCAAGUUUACUUACUCUUUUGUUUGCCCAGUGGAUCCUUUUGUAA